CUCAUCUGUUUGUUAUUAACUAUUAGUCUUGUACCUAUUAUUAGAUACCAGUCUUUUUCUUUUUCUUCGCGUUUAUAUUUCGAUUAAAAUCAGGCCUGAACGGGAAUCAAACCCAUAACCUCUGCGAUAACGGUGCAGUGCUCUACCAACUGAGCUAUCAAGCUAACUGGGAGCUGGUCACAUUGUGAGUUCGUUAUAUGCCCGUAGAUGGUGAAGAAUGGUUGGUGAAUAGAUUGUGAAGGGCCUAGUACAUAUUAUAAGUUACACCUCCAAACAGAUCAGACGUUAUUUAAUUCCCGCGUGCCUAUUUUAAGCCUCAAGAAUAUCCUUGCGUAUUCUAUAAACCGAAAUAUUAAUCUAACAAAGAUUUGACUUGGGAUAAAGAGGUAAAGAGAUGUCCCCGAAAAAAAAAUAUAACAGUGUUUAUUGAUUGGAUCGUUAAUAACCUUCUUAUCGAUGUUUUCAAAACGUGUUAAGAAAUUUCCCGACAUUUUAAAAUUAGAAGUUGAUAGGUUUUCGAAAUAAAUAUGUAAUUAUUUUAAUAGAGGGUUGAAAAUAUUUUUAGAUCAUUAGUUGUCGCUCAUUCAUCUCUUUAGCACCGGUUGUCGUAAAGCCCGCGCCCCGGGCAAACGAUCGCAACAUUUCCACACAACCGAUAUCUCAACAUUGUUGGCCCGGCAGCAUUUGCAAGCUCUGGCCAAACGAUCGCAGCAUUUGAACGCAACAUAUCGGAACAUUGUUGGGCGAAAUAUUUGUCGCGCGUUUGGCCACCCUGUUGCGACGUGUACUUGUUUAUUUCUUCGGUGAUGUGACCCAUUCAAAACUUAAGGCUAGUUUUCCCCAGCGCAUACGCAUAAGCCGAAACACGCAGACGGAGUGAGAUGUUGAUAAUUAGCGCCUUUUGUUGGAAAUUUCCAAAACAAAAGACGCUAAUUCUCAACACAUUAAUGCGUCUGCGUAUGUCGGCUUAUGCUUAUGCUAUGAGCUAGUGAAAAACAGCUUUUAGCACUGAGGAAGAGUAAUUUAAAAACUCGCAAAAUUACAAGGAUUUGUAUGGAAAACCAUUGGAGUGUGACUGGAGGACAAAGCGUCUUCUUCCCAUACAAAUCCUCCUAAUUUGUCACGUCCAUAAAAACUUCCUCUUAAAGUAUACAAACCUGAAAAUGUGUAUGUAAGCUUAUUUUGAAAAUGGUCUUUCAAUUUCUGAUAAAACCAUGCAUUAGCAAUGACUAAAUCAGCACGUCACUUUACCAACCGUUGCAAAAGGCCAGGCUCGUUGGCACUUUUUUUUUUUUUCUUGUAGCGUAGAGGUGUUUUUUGGACGCAAUGUUUUUAAGUGUUAUAUAUAUUUGGUAUGAAAUUGAAAAAAGGUCUGUUUUUGCAGCAAACUGUCCGGUGGUUAUUUUCUUAAGUUUUUUUCUCAUUUUUAGAAAGUAGUAAUUAAAAAUGAAAAUGAAAUAGUUUUUGGUCUGUCGCACUGUGUCUUUCAUUCUUACGAAGCAUUGACUAAGUGUUUAAUUUUAAUCCUCUUCGAUCGUUUUUGAAGAGGAUCGUCGGCUAUAAAAGGAGGGUUUCAGCUGACCGAUUAUCAGUUCAUAACGUUUUCAACAAGUUACAAGCAAGAUAGAAGAAAAGACAAAUAUCAAGAGAAGAAGUUCAAGACUAAAUGAUGCCUCUCGUUAAUCGAUUUCCGACCUUUGAUCCUUUCAGUCACUACAAUCAAGUUCCCAGGGGCUCUGACGUUUUUUUCAAUUUAUGGAAUCUGGCUACCGCAUACGAACAGCAAAUAACAAACCCCCGACAAGCCAUGGAAAAGCCUUACCAGGGAACAAUAAAGAUCGCUUGUGUGCUGCUUGGGCAUUACCACCCUGAAGAAAUCUCGCUUGAAGUAGAUAGCGAAAAGGUACUCGUACUUGGCCAGCAUGAGGUCCAUCGAGAAGAUGGAAGCGAGAAAUACGAGUUCAAGAGAGUCUUCAAACUUCCUCAAGGUGUCGAUGCUACAACUGUGACGUCACGCAUUACACAAGAUGGCCGCGUUCUCGUAAUCGAGGGUACAAAACACAGGGAAGGGAAAGCAAACGACGGCAAAUUCCAGCGCAAGUUGGAUUUUAGAGGUUUCAAACCAGAAGAGAUCAAGUUGCAACUCCGAGGAAAUAAGUUGAUUAUCACUGGCUUGCAGGUGUGUGAACGUCAUCAGUCACGUAGGUCAGCCAAUCGUUGCAUUCUGCUACCCGAUGACGUAGAUCCCAGUUCGGUGACGUCAUUCUUGUCAAAAGAAGGCCUGCUGACGAUAGAAGCGUCACGCGUUUUGCCGCGUAAGUGUAACUUUGACGUCACCGGGGAAACAGAUGACGUAGACUAGGAACCAGAAUAGAAGGCGAGCGCCAAUGCGGGAGAGAGAGCCGACGAACCACCUAAUUAAAAAAUAUGCUACUGAAGCGAAUAUUUAGUUUUUAUGCUUUUGUCCAAUUGAAUUUUUCUCAGUUGUGUCGUAUGUGUUUGAUCUUUUUUUAUCUAUUUUUUUUUUAUUUUUUUAAUGAAAGAAGACAUUUACUUAAGUCCAAUAUAAAAGAUGUGUUCUCUGAUCCAUAUCGAUACAACUUUACGUAAUAGCUCUAGACCCUUUUCAUAAAUGGCUGCCAAUUAUAAAUUCGUUUGUAAGUGUUGAAAUUAGUCCGACUAACCUCGUUUAAAAGUUGAAAAUUCAACGGGGUUAGGGAGGUUAAUGUAAAUUCAUGCAAAAAAAUUAAAAUUGGCACCCAUUCAUGAAAGGUUCUAUAGAAAUUUAUGAUUAUUACGAUUCUCAUUGAAACUGAAAAGAAAGAAGUUCGUAUUCCAAAUUUUUUAUUGUACACCGAUAAUUUUAAAUAGAGAAAUUAUGGCUAGUGCAUGGUUGAGGUUAUUUUGCAUUGAUUUUUGUACAGUUUCACUUCUUUAGUUGUUUUAUUGCCUACUUCAGUAUUCAUUGUGUGAUAAUGUCAAAAACAUUGUGAAUCUAUCAAAUAAAUGUUUAGUAUUGUAA